AUCAAGGAAAAAGAUCUUUGGGUGCACGUCAUCGUCCUUCGUUUUGACACCUCCCAUGGACAAGAGUGUGCGGUUGUGGGAUCAUGCAACGGGUCGAUCGAUGACAUAGAGACGACCGUUGGACUCUUCCUUUCGAAUGAAUGGGUUUCUUCUUCUUCUAAGCUAUCGAUAGCCAGUUACACGGGUACAGUAGUAUCUGCCAUUGUCUUGGUGGUUUUUGGAGCAGACGAUACGAGGCAGACUUCUUCUUUUGUGGAGCUAGAGAAGCUACCUUUUUAGAUUGAUUGAUUGAUUGACUGGAAAAGAGUGCCAGAUAUCAGUAUGAGAUUUGUUUCAGGAGUGCCCCUUCGUCUCUUUGUUGUCGUUGCUUGUACGACUGGCCUGGUGGGUGCUGCUACUGGUACCAGUACUCCCAGCCGGUCGUUUGCCAGAUUUGGAAUACCACCCAACAACAAGAGGAUGGCCACUUUGGAUCAUCGCAGCAGCAAACAUACCCCUGCUACUAGUAGUACGUUACUGGAAGAUGUGUCCAGCAGCAGACUACUUGUAGAAGAAGAUAGUGACAAUGACAAUGAAGAUGCAUUGUUGGUGGCGACUCGUGGUGGUGGUGGUGCUACUGCCACAGCCACAGAUACAGCAGCUUCCGAAUCCUUUUUGGCAAGUCUAGUGGAACGGUUCAAGGUCGGAUUCUAUUUUGCACUCUGGUAUGCUCUCAACAUUUUCUACAACAUCGUCAACAAGAAAGUAUUAAAUGUCUUACCGGCACCACUGAUUGUGGGAUCCAUUCAAUUUGGAGUCGGGGCGCUUUACGUGGCACUCUUGUGGUUGUUGCGAUUGCGCGCCAAACCACAACUGAGUAGUCCGCAAGCUCGUCAUGCCGUGCGAACCGUAGGAUUUUGGCAUUGUGUCGGACAACUCUUAUCCAUGGUCAGUCUCGGAGCUGGACCCGUUUCCUUUACUCAUAUUGUCAAGGCAUUGGAACCAUUCUUUAGUGCCCUCGUGGCGGCACUGUAUUUUGGAAAAUGGAUGCAUCCCGUCGUCUAUGCGACCUUGAUUCCCGUCGUGGGAGGUGUCGGAUAUGCCUGUUUAAAAGAAAAGAGCUUUUCUUGGUUGGCAUUUGGAACUGCCAUGGGAAGUAACUUGGCAUUUGCACUCCGCGCAGUUCUUUCCAAAAUUGCCAUGAGUUCCAGUGGUGAUUUGGGAACCAACUUGACCGCACCCAAUAUAUUUGGACUCGUCACGUGUGCGGCAUUUUGGAUCUCCAUUCCAUUGGCACUCGCUACCGAAGGCGUGUCCUUUUGGCAAUCGGCAGGGACUACGGCCGAUCCCGAGACACUCCAACAAGUGGUAUUGCCGUCGUUAUGGCAAACGGCCGUGGCGGAACAAGGAACCUUUGCCUUGAUAAAAGCCAUUGUUCUCUCGGGAUUGUUCCACUAUCUCAACAAUGAAGUCAUGUAUCUCGCACUCUCCAAUGUACAUCCCGUCACAUUGGCUGUGGGAAAUACCAUGAAACGAGUCUUUAUCAUGGUCGCGUCCGUCAUGGUCUUUCGAAAUCAAAUUUCACUACAGGCGGGUAUUGGAUCCGCCGUGGGUAUUUCAGGUGUCUUGCUGUACAGUCUCACCAAACAACACUACGAAAAACUGGAAAAGGAACAAGAGGCACAACAACAACAAUCAUCAUCCAAUAAUAAAAAACGGGGGAAAGGCAAAACCGAAAAGAAAAAGGCACCCAAGAAGAAAGCUGGCAAGAAGUAAGUACACAAACAGACAAAACAACAAUGCGCUAUGUAGUUGCUACUGGGGCGGAAUGUAAAGGACCCACCCCACUGUACUGUAAACAAGAAUACACGUCGUACGAUGAAUCGUGGGCAGAUAUAUCACAAAUGUACGUUCUGGA